AGCACUGCUUCCGGUCGCUGGAGCUUCUCUCUGGCCCGAGCCAGGUCAGUCCGGGAGUGCAGAUGGCCCAUCCUGGGCUCUGGGCUCCUAGACCAGGGGUGGGCCCUGCCAGGAGUGGGCCUGAGCCUCGCACGUCCUCUGAAACUACGCUAUGCUCUGCCUUCGCGGCGCGAUGGGCUUGGGAGCGGGGGCUGCCCAAAGAUGGGCUGGGGUUGGAGGAAGUGGCCCGGUAGCCGCUGUGUGUCCUGAGGCCGUAAGGCGCCUGACCCCACCCUUGAAUCUGGCGACGGAGCAGGGCCUGUUUUCUCUACACUAUAGUCAUGAUCCGCUGGGCCCCCAGCGCAUCUCCUGGAAGAGCCCACUCACCCUGGACGAGCUCUUCGGUAGCCUCAGACCGUCCUUGAAGAGGAUGACUGAGACAUUAUGGGCCACGCGCUGUGUGUCUGCUCUCGGGGAACUGUCAUCAUUGACAAUAAGCGCUACCUCUUCAUCCAGAAACUGGGGGAGGGCGGGUUCAGCUAUGUGGACCUAGUGGAAGGGUUACAUGAUGGACACUUCUACGCCCUGAAGCGAAUCCUGUGUCACGAGCAGCAGGACCGGGAGGAGGCCCAGCGAGAAGCCGACAUGCAUCGCCUCUUCAAUCACCCCAACAUCCUUCGCCUCGUGGCUUACUGUCUGAGGGAACGGGGUGCUAAGCAUGAGGCCUGGCUGCUGCUACCAUUCUUCAAGAGAGGUACGCUGUGGAAUGAGAUAGAAAGGCUGAAGGACAAAGGCAACUUCCUGACCGAGGAUCAAAUCCUUUGGCUGCUGCUGGGGAUCUGCAGAGGCCUUGAGGCCAUUCAUGCCAAGGGUUAUGCCCACAGGGACUUGAAGCCCACCAAUAUAUUGCUCGGAGAUGAGGGGCAGCCAGUUUUAAUGGACUUGGGUUCCAUGAAUCAAGCAUGCAUCCAUGUGGAGGGCUCCCGCCAGGCUCUGACCCUGCAGGACUGGGCAGCCCAGCGGUGCACCAUCUCCUACCGAGCCCCAGAGCUCUUCUCUGUGCAGAGUCACUGUGUCAUCGAUGAGCGGACUGAUGUCUGGUCCCUAGGCUGCGUGCUAUAUGCCAUGAUGUUUGGGGAAGGCCCUUAUGACAUGGUGUUCCAAAAGGGUGACAGUGUGGCCCUUGCUGUGCAGAACCAACUCAGCAUCCCACAAAGCCCCAGGCAUUCUUCAGCAUUGCGGCAGCUCCUGAACUCGAUGAUGACCGUGGACCCGCAUCAGCGUCCUCACAUUCCUCUCCUCCUCAGUCAGCUGGAGGCGCUGCAGCCCCCAGCUCCUGGCCAACAUACUACCCAAAUCUGAAAAAGCAGCAUGUUGAGAAGAUGGCCCCUUGUGCCUUGGAAAGAGGUUCCCAUCCCUCAUUGGAAUCUCCACCCAUUCCAACCAGGACUUCUCUUACACUUGGGAGUAGCGGGGUCAGGACAAUCAUCUCAGUCCUGCAUCUUCUCUUCUGCUUUCUUCCCUCCAAGAGCAAAACCUGGGCAAGGGGACUUACUGAGUAGGGGUGGGUGGGGGUUGGGAAAAGGGAAACUGGUGGGAUAUGGAACAUGGCUCUGAGCAGGACUGUUGAGCUCACAUAGCGUUCUGACUCCAAAUCUGGGAGCAGGAGAAUGUGUAAACAAGAAUAAAGUGGAAGCAGGUUGGUGUGGA